CAAUUUCUGACAAUGCACAUUUAUUUAGAAAAAAAACAGACGACGCGAAGUUGUUCAAGUUGAAGUUGUCCGGUGUUCUAUAAAAAUGCACGCACAUAAUGAAGAUGAAUGGGUUGAAGAGGAGGAGCUGGUUGUAGUUGAACUGUCGGGCAUAGUAGACCCAGACUACCUGUCCAAAUGUAGAAGGUCUAGUCUGAAAGUGCUUGGGAUAGAGACGGAUGAACCUGUGAUGCAGCUUGGUAGCUACAUCUUCACUGGGCAGCACAAGAGCAUGCUGGGCACUGCCGUCAUAUUUGAGAAGACAGAAAAUAAUCAAGAGCAAGGAUCAGGGAAUCUGAAGUGGAAGUACAAGUGUCACACGGACAAGAAAUUGAACAUGCAGCGGGCCCACCUCAAACCCAAAAACAAAACCCAGGAAGCGGCAACGUCUUCCAAAGAAACUGAGGUGGUACCUGAGGCACAAAAUGGACAACAGCCUGAAGCACCAACAUGACGGUAGCUGUCGAAUGAUUGGACAAAAACCUCAUUCUGGAUUUGGUUCAACCAAUCAGAGACUUGCUUCCAACAAUGGAUUGGAGUUGCAUACAUUCGUGUGGCAGGCAUUGGCCAAUCAGUGGCUUCCUAGUAAACUGCACGGGCCCAGAUCAUGUCAUCUGCAGGAUGGUAGCACGCAUUUCAUUGCACACUGAGAUCUUGAAAACACUGGCCCAGCCAAUCCAGGAGUUUCUACUAUUCUGAAAUGAUAAUUGGAACUGUGGCAGAAUGGUAGCUUCUUUCUCAUGGGUCUGAACUUAACAGUGUCAGCUAAGCUAAUCAGUGAUAUGAAUCUUUGUUUUCAAGACAACAAAAUCUGGACUUCAUACACAUGGCCUCCAGUUUAGGCCUGUAAUGAAUGGAAAAUAUCAGAAACAAUCAAAACUAAUAUACAAUUUCAAGAUUGUUUUUAUUUCAAAAUGUAUAUUUUACACCAAAUAAAAACUGUUAUUAAUUGCAGAAAAUCAUGUUCUACAGUGAU